AAAACCAAUUCAAAUUUCCGAGGCAAAGAUCGAUCUAAAUCCCAAAAAUCCCUCGCUUAUUAGUUAUUACUACUAAUUAGUUCAUUAUUAUAUAUCCGUCCCGCCACGCAUGGUUUAUCGCAUCUGCUUCCGAAACCCUAAAAAAAAAUUUCAAUCGCGGAUCACCAUCACGAAUGGAGUCCCAAUUUCCGAUCGGAGCACCGGUUGAGAUCACUAGCGACGACGUCGGUCAUCGCGGCGCGUUAUUUCUGGGAAAAAUCGUCUCCCCAGUCUCAUACGACAACAAAUUUGAGGUUGAAUACGAGACGAAGAUGAACGAGACAGGGCAACCAUUGCGAAAGCGGGUUCAUGUCGGGCUCUUGAGGCCGCCGCAGCCGAGUGAGACUGACCGAGAUUUCGAAUUUGGAGAUUUAGUUGAUGCAUUCUUUGUCGGUGCGUGGUGGGAAGGAUCAAUCACAAAGGUAUUGGACGAUUCCAGGUAUGUCGUUUAUUUUAGGUCCGUUAGGUCGGAGUUCGAGAUUCGGAAGUCUAAUAUGAGGCUUCAUCGUGAGUUGGUCAAAGGAAAUUGGGUUUCUCAUCUCCAAAAUCAGGGAAAGGCAAGUGCAAUGGAAGAAAAGGUUGGCCAAACGAUGAAAACUAGAAAUUUCAGAGAAGGGACACUAGUUGAAGUUAGUAGUAAUGAAGAUGGGUUCCAAGGUUCCAGGUUUGUUGCAAGAAUUGUCAAGGAAUUAGGCAAUUGCAAAUUUAUGAUUGAAUAUCAAUGUUUAACGACCGAGGAUGAUGGAGAGCUUUUGAUGGAAAAGGCUCAUAUCAAGCAUAUAAGACCUAUUCCACCGAGAAGAGUGGUACAAGGUUUCAAAUUGAAUGAAAAAGUUGAUGCUUUAUACAAUGAUGGGUGGUGGGAAGGUGAGAUCAUAAAUGUUCUUCCAAAAAACUUUUACAUUGUCUAUUUUGAAGGCACCAAUGAGCAACUGAAAUUUCAUCUCUCCAAGUUGAGACCACACCUAGAUUGGAUUGAAGAAACAUGGGUGACGCCUUGCAAGCGUUAUGAGUAACUCUUCAACUUGGAGUUUUGCUGAAACGGGGGCUAUGGAGCUGCUACAUGUUCUACUAAUACGCAGGCAACUGUGUGGAAUGAUGGGUUUACUUUACUAUUUUGGGUUGUUGUACAGGACGACGAUAUCGAAUGAAACGAAAGCAACAGUAGUUGCUAAAUGUUCUAUUAAUACGUAGACAAUUGGGUAGAACGAUGGGUUUACCAUUCAUCAUCGUUGUAAAGGACGUUGAUCCCAUAUUGAGCUUAUUGUUGGAGAAGAUAAUGAAUAUAUUGCUCGUAUAGCUUAUCCCUUAGAC